UGUCAUUAGAUGGUUCAGUCCGAGGAUGGCCGCUGCUGUCGGUGUAAAUAAACAGGCGUCGAUGGAGCCGUGUGCGCGACACGGCCGCGGAAACACUUCAAAUGCGGUGAAGGUGUUGGAGUGUGGUGUGUGUGAGGAUGUGUUUUCUCUACAGGGGGACAAGGUCCCGCGGCUGCUGCUGUGCGGACACACGGUGUGUCACGACUGCUUGACCCGUCUGCCUCUCCACGGCAGGGCAGUCCGCUGCCCCUUCGACAGACAGGUCACCGAGCUGGGAGACUCGGGUGUGUGGGGCCUAAAGAAGAACUUUGCCCUGCUAGAAUUGCUUGAACGGCUACAGAAUGGGGCAUCCAAUCAGUCAGGCAUGUCAGAGGAUUCACUUCGGGAGAUGGGCGAGUGCGUAAUCCGCUGUGAUGAGGAUGAGACUCACACUGCUUCCAUGUACUGCACGGUGUGUGCCACGCACCUGUGUGCCGAGUGCUGCCAGCUCACACACUCCACCCGGACGCUGGCCAAGCACCGGCGCGUGCCCCUGGCAGACAAGCCCCAUGAGAAGAUGCUCUGCCCGCAGCACCAGGUGCACGCCAUCGAGUUCGUGUGCCUGGAGGACGGCUGCCUGCCCGGGCCGCUCAUGUGCUGCGUGUGCAAGGAGUACGGAAAGCACCAAGGGCACAAGCAUGCUGUUCUAGAGGGUGAAGCCAACCAGAUUCGAGGGUCCAUCCUGGACAUGGCACACUGCAUCCGUACGUUCACAGAGGAAGUGUCGGAGUACUCCAGGAAACUAGUGGGCAUUGUGCAGCAGAUUGAAGGAGGAGAGCAGAUCGUGGAGGACAGCAUGGGCAUGGCUCACACUGAACAUGUUCCAGGAACAGCGGAGAGCGCCCGGUCUUGCGUGCGUGCCUACUUUGCCGAUCUACACGAGACCCUGUGCCGUCAGGAGGAGAUGGCUCUGAGCGUGGUGGACGCACACGUGCGAGAGAGGCUGAUCUGGCUUCGACAGCAGCAGGAGGACAUGACCAUACUGCUGUCACAGGUGUCCACUGCCUGUCUGCACUGCGAGAAAACACUGCAGCAGGAUGAUUGCAGGGUGGUUUUGUCGAAACAGGAGAUCAACCGACUGCUAGAGACGCUGCAGAAACAGCAGCAGCAGUUUACAGAGCUGGCCGACCACAUUCAGCUGGACGCUGGCAUCCCUGUUACUUUCACUAAGGACAACCGUGUGCACAUUGGUCCAAAGAUGGAGAUCCGGGUUGUGACUUUAGGCUUAGAUGGAGCUGGCAAAACUACUAUUCUCUUCAAACUGAAGCAAGAUGAGUUUAUGCAGCCCAUACCGACCAUAGGUUUUAAUGUUGAAACUGUUGAAUACAAAAACCUGAAAUUCACCAUUUGGGAUGUGGGUGGCAAGCAUAAACUCCGCCCACUCUGGAAACACUACUAUCUGAACACACAAGCGGUGGUGUUUGUGAUUGACAGCUGUCAUAGAGACCGGCUGAUGGAGUCUCACAGUGAACUGGCCAAACUGCUGACCGAGAAAGAGCUCAGAGAUGCUCUGCUGCUCAUCUUCGCCAACAAACAGGACGUCCCCGGCGCGGUGUCCGUGGAGGAGAUGACGGAGCUCCUGAGCUUACACAAACUGUGCUGCGGGCGCAGCUGGCACAUCCAGGGCUGUGACGCCCGCAGUGGCAUGGGGCUUCACGAGGGCCUGGACUGGCUCUCACGCCAGCUGGUGGCCGCAGGAGUUUUGGAUGUGGCCUGAGGGACGCUUACCCACUCUUAAUAGACUUGUGACUUACAACUCAAGCCUGUCCGUGUCAUUUGCACAGUCACCCUGCUCAUGUUUACCCAUGUCAUACCAUCAUACAUCAGUAGACUUGCUGCUGUGUGCGCUUGUGGUUCAAUGGUGUUCAUUAAUGGAGCUCAUAUAGGACUCCAGGUUAAAUACAAGGCAACAUAUCCUGCAGGUUAUCAACAAACAUAAUUUCAGCUCAUCACUCAGUUUCUAAAUAAAAACAAAGUUUUGAAACUUAUUAUGAAAGCCUAUGGGCAAGUGUGCUUCAUAGACUUCCAUUGGAAAUGCUUUACUGUAUAAAAAAAAAAGAAAA